AUGUCGAAGCCCAUAAACACCUGUGUCCUAGGCGUUGGACUAGCAGGUCUCACUUUCCACGUUCCUUUUAUCCUCGCACUUCCCCGUCUAUUCACUCUUCACUCCGUUCUUGAAAGAAAUCCCAAAGUACUUGGAGGAAAAGUUGCUCAAAGAUUUGGUGUCACUCCCAAGAUCCACAGAUCCAUUGAAGACGUCCUUUCGGACACUGAUGUCGAGCUCGUCGUGGUUGCAACACCCAAUGAUACCCAUUAUCCCUUCACGAAAGCAGCUCUGAAUGCCGGCAAACAUGUGCUCGUUGACAAACCUGUUGCAGAGAGCCUCGAGCAAGCAAAGGAACUUGGAGAUCUAGCCAAGUCAAAAGGCCUCGUGCUCUAUGCAUACCAGAACCGUCGAUGGGAUUCCGAUUUCCUUGCCUUGAAGAGGCUGAUCAGCCUUCCUGAAAAUCAUCCCGAAUAUAUCGGUCCUAUCCUUGAAUUUGAAUCCCACUUCGAUCGCUACCGAAAGGCCCUCAAAGGAACGUGGAAGGAUCAACCUCUUCCUGGUUCGGGGAUUCUAUACGACCUUGGCGCACACUUGCUUGACCAGGCGUUAAAUUUGUUCGGUCGACCCGAUUCCAUCACUGCCUUUGUCCAAAAUGUCCGUGGAAUUGGAGACCCAAACGUUGACGAUUCGUUUACAAUCCGGCUGCAGUACGGCAGGAGCGCAGCCAGGCAAUACCCUUUGGCCGUGAUCCUACGCUCCCACCCACUUUCUGUGCGGUCGCCUCAGAUUCGUUUCAUCGUCCGGGGCACCCAGGGAACCUAUAUCAAGCACGGUAUUGAUACUCAGGAAGAGCAUCUUAAAAUGAUUUCUUCCCCCAACGCCAUCUUGAAAGAUGAUUUUGGAAGGGAGCCCGAGUACCUCAACGGGCGUAUAGAAAAGCUCCUCGUCGACGACGAAUCCAUUGUGCAAACUAGCUGGCCGACCCCUGAUGCGGGGGCCUACAUUGAGCUCUUCCAAAAUCUUGGUGCAGUCAUUCGGGCGGGGUCAGAGCCCGCAGUCAAAUGGGACGAAGCGUCCGCAGUUAUCGAACUGAUUGAGCUUGCGCACGAGAGUUCUCGCAAGGGUGUAACCAUCCAACUGUCUCCUCCCAGUUAA